GUCUGGGGCAAGGAAGUAGGAAGGGAGCUCAGGCCAGGGGGCUGGGGUCUGCUCGGGCUCGGGCGCGCGCCAGGCCAGCGGACCGAAGUCGGAGGGCGCCGAGCGGCCUGCGGACAGAGUAAUGGCUGUGCAGAUGCAACUUGAAGCAAAUGCAGAUACUUCAGUGGAAGAAGAAAGCUUUGGCCCACAACCUAUUUCACGAUUAGAGCAAUGUGGCAUAAAUGCCAAUGAUGUGAAGAAAUUGGAAGAAGCUGGAUUUCAUACUGUGGAGGCUGUUGCCUAUGCACCAAAAAAGGAGCUAAUAAGCAUUAAGGGAAUUAGUGAAGCCAAAGCUGAUAAAAUUCUGGCUGAGGCAGCUAAAUUAGUUCCAAUGGGUUUCACCACUGCAACUGAAUUCCACCAAAGGCGUUCAGAGAUCAUACAGAUUACUACUGGCUCCAAAGAGCUUGACAAACUACUUCAAGGUGGAAUUGAGACUGGAUCUAUCACAGAGAUGUUUGGAGAAUUCCGAACUGGGAAGACCCAGAUCUGUCAUACAUUGGCUGUAACCUGUCAGCUUCCCAUUGACCGGGGUGGAGGUGAAGGAAAGGCCAUGUACAUAGAUACCGAGGGUACCUUUAGGCCAGAACGUCUGCUAGCAGUGGCUGAAAGAUAUGGCCUCUCUGGCAGUGAUGUCCUGGAUAAUGUAGCAUAUGCUCGAGGGUUCAACACAGACCACCAGACCCAGCUCCUUUAUCAAGCAUCAGCCAUGAUGGUAGAGUCUAGGUAUGCACUGCUUAUUGUAGACAGUGCCACCGCCCUCUACAGAACAGACUACUCAGGUCGAGGGGAGCUCUCAGCCAGGCAGAUGCACUUGGCCAGGUUUCUGCGGAUGCUUCUGCGACUUGCUGAUGAGUUUGGUGUAGCAGUAGUAAUCACCAACCAGGUGGUAGCCCAAGUGGAUGGAGCAGCCAUGUUUGCUGCAGAUCCCAAAAAACCUAUUGGAGGAAACAUCAUCGCCCAUGCAUCAACAACCAGACUGUACCUGAGGAAAGGAAGAGGGGAAACCAGAAUCUGCAAAAUCUAUGACUCUCCCUGUCUUCCUGAAGCUGAAGCUAUGUUUGCCAUCAACGCAGAUGGAGUGGGAGAUGCCAAAGACUGAAUCAUUGGUUUUUUCCUGUGUUAAACCUUAAGUGCAGCAGCCUAAUGGAGAGGAGUGCUCCCUGGGGUUCUUCACAGACCUUUUCCUGUUGUGACUGCCAGGAAAAGGCUUCCGGGAAAAUAGCUAUUAUAUCAGCUUUUCUGAUGGUGUAAA